AUGUUCCUGAAAACCAUUUCAAAGAUCCUUGGAGCCCAAUUGCUUGACGAUUUGAUCGCACAUCCUGCGUUUUCGCUUGCAAUUUUUAGGUUUUGUUCUGUUUUUACCCAUAGAUCGCUUCCUAUGGAGGCCCAGCUCGUUGUUUCCAAACUGCUAUUUAUGGAUUCUCAUAUAGGGCUGAAGGAUAUUUAUGAGCUAGUCUUUACACCGGACAUGCCCUCCAGGUUUGCAAUAAAAGCUUUACUGUAUCAACAGCACCUCAAAUUCUACGCUUGCUACGUUGAAGGCAUUCAAGUUGCUUCAGGGACUGGAGUCCAAAGUUUGGCUCAACCCGAUGUUUUCAACUUGUCUAAGGGACUCAUUUUGCAAUCUUGUGAUUCCAUCCAGCGCAAAUAG